AUGGAAACAUCCGUAUGCAAUAGCUCCAGCAAUCCACGAUACGGCCCAUUGGAGCCUCGCCGUCGAAAAACUAAUAUACAAAGGAUGCUACGACAGGAGAGUGGUGGUCGGGCAUCCACCUACCGUCUACGAAUUACCCAGCCCUGUCCAAUCCUUUUGCUGCUUCUUUUACUAAUCGCACAGUCUUCGGUGUUUGUAUGGUACCACACCUGUGAUGAAGCAUUUUUUGUAGACCGUCCCAUCAAUGAACAAGGCAUCCCAGCAUUUUACAAGCCUUCCGAACAUGAUUUCUGUAAGAGCUUCGUCCGGCACGGGCUCUUUUCGCUUCUGGGGAAUGGAAUGGUUCCGAAUGACGGUAAAAUCGAGAACGACCUCUUCAACACAGCAGCGCACACCCCGAAAGACCGCACUACCUUGUCCGCUUCACGUCGUGCUUCUGCAGAUUUGAAGAUGAUCAAAGCCACAAUCGCUGGAGAACCGACAAAGGCUACUGGGCCUGAGGACAGCUCUGUUUCGCGCGAUUUCAUGAAUACCUCUGCAUCAAAAGAAGAGCAUCUCGAAGUGUAUGGAGGAGUUCCAGGCAAGAAUCAACAUACAGAUGAAGCAAUUCAACCGGUUUCCAUGUUACUGCUCCGAGCUGUCGGAAACUCUCUUCCACCGCGUCACAGCGCUGAACAAACACUAAGAAAUCUGGACUUUGUCCUGACGUACGAGGAAGCUUUCCCAAAUCUGUCUCGCCAUUGGUUCCUGAACCGGCUUGUGGAUCCACAGGUAGAGCAGCAAGUGGUGCAAAGGCUUCAACAAGCAAACGAAUCCUAUACGAUUAUUCCCUUCGAUUUGAAGUCCUACGACUCCCACGUGUAUCGUUUCGAUUUGUUGGACUUUCCCGAUCAAAUUCAUUCGACCUACUCAUACAACACGUACACAGGGUUUUUCCUCGGGUUGAAUGCCGAGGAUCGUAUUAUGCGUGAUAAGCUGGUGUAUACUGCCAACGUCAAUGGAGUUCGCAAUGAAAUGCUCAAUUAUGGCAGGCACCUUAGUUCUGCAGAAUACAUUCUCCCGUUUGACGGCAACUGCUUUCUCGCUCGAAACGCUUGGGAAGCUAUGCAGCGGAAUAUACAACACAAUCCAGCGGCAAAGUACUUUGCCGUUCCAAUGGAUCGUCUUGUCGAGGAAAAUGCAGCACUGCUGUCAGGUUCAUACAAGCCCAAUCCAGUCGAAGAACCCCAAAUUAUAUUUCAUCGAACGUCAAUAGCCAAUUUCAAUCCAAAUUUGCCUUACGGUCGUCGUAACAAAGUGGACUUGCUGCGUCGGUUGGGUAUUAAAGGCAUUUGGGAAAACAAUGAAGGGAAUAAGUGGGAUGUCAUCCUAGAGGCAACAAACCCAGUUGCGGAGAUAGAAGCAAACGUGAUCGAAAUGACUGGAACGGCUGGAUGGAUCUCUCGGCUGUACUCAGGGAACAAAAAUGCGGAGUUGACUGAUGCGGGUGCUUCUACAACUCGGGUCAGGAUGCGUCGUACAGCAAUAUCGACGCUACUGGACCGUUUGGACUUGCGUGCAGCUGUGACCUUGUACAAUUUUACUUCCAAUACGAUGCUUUUCUAUGACGAGCAGCAGCUGUACCAAUCGCAUUUACUUUGGAAAAAUGGACAAUUGCAAAAUCCAAUGAUCAACAGCUUAAUGGAAAAGGCUGCCCAAUCCCUAAACGAAGGUCCUUGGUCUGUUGUGGACAAACGAUCAUUCGGCUGCGGGCCCUCACUGAGUUGUCGUGACUACUACAACCCCUGGCCAUACAUGUGGCCGCAGCGCAACGAAUCCGGUAGUAUCGAUUGGACAAGGGAGUUUGUAAUGAACAACGGUGAAAUCCUUCCGGGAAGUGUAUUGUAUACUGAAGGAAGUGAGCACUUUGACUACACGCGCUUAGAGUCGAUGCAGCGCAAUACUACCGUUUUAGCGCUGGCCUAUGCAAUAUCUGCCAACCAGUCCUACGCCGAAAAGGCUGCUGCCAACCUUCGUGUAUGGUUUCUUGAACCGGGGACCAGAAUGAAUCCCAACCUCUCGUACACUCAGGUUGCGUGGGUGGGCAAUCCGCCCCAGUGGAGACGAAAAGCCUUUGGCACGAUCGAAAUGAGUGGUGUGUACUUUUUUCUGGACGCAGUUAGGAUAGUAGAAGGCUCCGGAGCCCUCUCGAUUCUGGAGAUCCAUAAUUUACGAAGAUGGUUUCGCGAAUACCUUCAUUGGCUAUAUAUGUCCAACGGACGGAAAGAAGCUUCUGAAUUCGAUCCAAAUGGCGGCAUACCGGAAGUGUUUGCACCAAAUCAUAUCGGUCUUAACUUUGAUAUACAGCUUGCUUCUGUUGCCGCAUAUUGUGGCAAUCUUUCCUUGGCAGUCCGCACUAUCCAUAGGGCUGUUUCUCGUCUAGAUGCACAUGUCAACUCUACCGGUGCGAUGCCAAAGGAACAACGGGUGGGCAGCUGCGAGCACUUUACCGCCUUGGCCUUGAACGGGUGGUCGGUGGCUGCUCGUGUCGCUUCAUCGAUAGGGAUUGAUUACUGGCGACGAUUCCGGGUGGCGAAUCGAAACAUUUCCAAGCUGUGCCUUGCCAUGGAAUACGGCAACCCACUCCUGGACAACCGAGAGACUUGUGCAGGCGACGGAGCUCCGAUUGAUCCCUCCCGCUGGUGGCCACUCUUUUUCGAAGCCAAGUCACGGUGUCCUCACUUAGAAACGCGCUACCUUGUACAGAAUGAGCGCGAUCCGCCGGAGCAUAGUGACUUUCCUAGUCAUCACAACCUGAUUUCGGGCUCCAACAUGCCAUACUCAGGCGUAGCACCCUUUUGGAAUUUGAAUCUGCCACCGUAGCCACAACAUAUUACCAUGAUAGUAACGACAACACUUUACCAUUCUAAACCGCCCUCCCCCUCAAUCGAAAAACGGCACAACGUGUUUGCAUACGUUGCCUAUGCGUAUAUCAAACAUCAAUAGUGCCGUUCUUGGCAGUUCAAUUCCGGCACAAAUCCGCGUUUGUGCCGUCUUCCUGUAUUGUCUUUAGCGGUGUGAAAUUGCUGGACACGACGUUACGAAACAAACAAUCAAAUACCUCUGUAUUGUAGGCUCGAUAUAAAUUGUCGUCGCGCUCAUACGCAUCGCAUACGGCAUUGUUAGCUGGACAGAAAGUGACUUCCGUCAACGUAGGCUCAAUUUUUGGUACCGACUGUGAGGUCAAUCCGUCGUCAAUUUCCUGUGAAUCGAUUGCAAACAUGCAAUCGACACCAUACACGGCACGCGAAUUAGGACUCUCCGCCAUGGUGGGAAAACCUCGGGUCAUGCCGUCAAAUAACUCACGAACCAUGACUUGGAUUUUAGGCCAGAUGCAAUCCUUCCAGUCAAACGCAGUGUAAUCCUGCUCCAACUUGGCGAUAGUUUUGGUGUCGAAAGGAAGAAUAUGGAUAUCGUCGUCGGUCGACCGAGCUUCGCUAUCGAGCAAGUGAGUGGCGGUCAAGACAGAUUCAGGAUCCAUACGAUCACGAGGUGUCGAAAUCGAAUGAGACUUGUGGGCAAUACGAAAGUACACUCGAUUGUGGAUGUACAGGCGAGGUUGGCCGGGAGUUGCUUCGGUUAAAAGUACGAUACAACGGCAGUCAAUUUUGCGGCCGUCGUAGGUGACGGAAUUUUCCAAAUAGCGUUGAACGACACGACUUUCGCCACCAGCAUCA